AUGGGAUUUGACGCCUUGGUUGAUCUCAAAAUAAAAAAUAUUCCAACAGCCUUAUGUAGUUUUCUGGCAAACAACUUCCAGACCGGUGCGAGACAAGUCCCAUUGAAUGGCAACAAUGUACUGGAUAUCAAACAGGAAGAUGUUGUUGCUGUACUUGAUCUUCCUCGUGGACCCAAACCAGUGGAAGAAUUCAAACAGAACGAUCCCGCUAUAACGGACCACGCUGAGAUGGUGGAUGCAUUCAAGAAAAGAAUGGGAUACAGUAAUAAAUUCCUGCCAACGAGAUCCACGGCAGCACAAUUAAUUGCUGGUCGAAAAGAUUUUGGUGAUGACUUCAAACGAGAUUUCCUGGUCUUCAUUGUGAGCACAUUCCUACAUGGAAACACCACUUCCAAGAUAAUAAUGAACAUCCUGAAGUCACUUUUGAACAUGAAUGAGGACCUUGUUGCUCUUUAUGAAAAAUUCUACCAAUUGAUUAUCACGAUGAGCAAAACUAUUUUAGACAUACGUGAGAAGGAAAUGGAGUUAAAAAUUGAACCAGAUGAACAAGCAAAGCAAACAAUCAAGAUCCUAACAGAUGCAAUGGUGUCAAUGAGUAGAAAGAUGCCUCCGCCUUCAGGUACAACGCAACACCAACAAGAGCAGCAGCAAGCCCAGCAAGACCUCCAGGAUGCACAGAUUUUUGAAUUGUGUGAGAUGGCAGGGAAGGCCGCUGAAAACAUUGAAGUUGACAAAGCACAAGGACUGGAGCAAUUGAGCCAGACAAAUGAUGAGGAUUCUCUUCCAGGGGGGAAAUCCGUGCCUACUUCAAAAGAAGUGGUGGUUGAUGAACAACAAACUCAACAACAAGCACAUGGAAUGAAUAUCUCCACAACAGAAAAGAAGAGAUCCUAUCAAGAUUUUACCGGCCGGGAUUCAGGUGUGACAUCCACCUAUACCAGAAGGUCGAGAAGCACUGGUACCAGGAAAAGGAAAGUAUUCAAAGACCCAACUAUCCCACACUUUAACCUGGAUAUCUUCUCCAGUCAGGAAGACAGUUACGAGACAAUCCAGGAGAAGAACACUGAGGAAGAUAUCACAGGAAGUGUUGAUUUGGAUAAAGAUGUCAAUGAGACUAUAGAAGCAGAAGAAUAUCCAGUACCAUCUGUACUCGGCGAAACAAAGAAUCCUACUCUUUCCAUUGACGAAAUCAUAAGAAGGGCCAGUUCACCAGCUUCAAAAUCAUUAAGUGAGACCAAAAAACUAGAGAUGAUUGCCGCUGCUGCAGAAGAAGUUGAGAAGAACUCAAACGUGGUUGAAGCAGUCCCUUUAAGCAUAAUUCCACCUGAUUGGAAUAUUGCUUCUACCACAGAUGGUCUAGUGAUGCUGGAGAAAAAUGAGUGUACCACGCCACCGCCUGCAAUCUCAAAGGAAGCUGAUGAGCUUGAUGAAGAGUUAACAAAGACAGUGGAAAAGAUCCUCAAUGAAAAACCUAAGAGGAGAAAUUCACCAAGAGUCCACCGGUUGCCCGAACGGUUCAGGAAACUCUUGUUUGAAUUUGGAAAAAUCGUUUGGGCAGACAGGACAGGUUUCUAUUCCAUGAGGGAAGGGACAUGUAUAGAAAACAGCAUCAUAGAUGCUUGGGUUGUCAUCCUAAACAAAGAAGAAGCUAAGAGUGACUCCCCAAGACGGAUAUUCUUUGGUGUUUCGUCAUUUGGCAGUAACAAAGAGGAAAUCGAGUUCACAUUCUAUGAGAGGUUGGGUCUUGAACUAGAAGAACAAGGCCUUACUGUAGCAUCCCUAUUAGCGGCAAAAGUUAUCUACUUUCCAGUACACUACCGAGACCAUUACUUCUUGUAUGUGUUGCUGGUUGAAGAAAAGAAAGUACUUGUCCUCAACAAUAUUCAUGCAAAAGAUCUGGACAACUACAAUCCAACGAAAGAUCUACUUUUUCGGGUCUUCAAAAGCUAUGUUGCAUGCGUGUUUCCACGCAUAGAACUGGUCAGUGCUCAGUAUACCUUCACAGAGGUUACACUACCAUCGCAUAAGGACAAAACGCCGAAUGCGGAAGAUUGUGGAAUAUACACAAUACACCACAUGGAGCGGUAUGAUGGUGGUGAGUACGAGGAUGGUACUACGUUGGAUUUCAACACAGGAAACAUCAAAGAGUACCAGUGGAAAUACAUGAUAAAAAUCCUUAUGCACCCAGCCAACAAAAAUAAGGACAAAAUCCUCAAAGUAAUGCACCAAUUCUAUACAAAUACUGCUGAAGAAGAACAAAAAGAAAUUUCAGAUCAUGUUGAUUUAAGUAGCAAAUCUUACUACAAUGACAGAAAAAUUUAG